UAGCCGUUGCCGCUCUCCAGUAAUCCUGAUACAUUCCUCUCGACGGCGAUCAAUAGUUCAACAAACCAAGCACAUCAGAAACCCUAAUUGCGAUUCUAGUCAGUAUAUAGACCCACAAAUUCACUUGAUAAUUUACAAUCAUAGUCUCUCUUUCUCUCUAUCUAUUAAUCAACAACAAAGACCAAAGGGUGCAAAGCCCUGUGUUCUCUAUUUCUCUCAACUUUACUUUACCUUUAUUUUUUGUUUGGAUUUUUUUUUUUUUUAAAUCUUUCUAUCUAAUCCUCUUUUCUUUUACAGGAUUUAGUUUCGUGGUUUGUAUCUUUACCUUUAUUAGUUGUAUUUGUUUUGUUGUUAUUAACAUCAUGGAUGCAGGAUCAGUAAACUCUUGUUCCGACUUGAAAGUACAAUCUAGAUUCCCACUUCAAGAUCAGCAUUUUCAGAGAAGGAAUUCUAAAGAAAACUUGGAUAGAUUUAUCCCGAAUCGGUCAGCAAUAGAUUGGGACUAUGCCCAUUACAUGCUAACUGAAGGUAAGAAAGGAAAAGAGAACCCUGCAGUUAGCUCACCUUCAAGAGAGGCCUAUAGGAAGCAACUGGCUGAAACUUUGAACAUGAACCGGACUCGAAUUCUAGCUUUCAAGAACAAGCCUCCUGCUCCUGUUGAAUUAAUCCCACAAGAGCACACUUCCUUAUCUCACCUCCAGGCUAAACCCACUAAGCCCCGCAGACACAUUCCACAGACUUCUGAGAGGACAUUGGAUGCUCCUGACCUUGUUGAUGAUUUCUACCUGAACUUGCUGGAUUGGGGCAGCAGCAAUGUUCUAGCUAUAGCUCUUGGAAACACAGUAUAUUUAUGGGAUGCUUCUGAUGGUUCUACCUCGGAACUUGUGACAAUUGAUGAUGAAAUUGGUCCUGUUACCAGUGUCAACUGGGCUCCUGAUGGACGCCACAUUGCCAUUGGCUUGAACAAUUCUGAGGUGCAGUUAUGGGAUUCUGCUGCUAAUCGGCAGCUUAGAACAUUGAGAGGUGGCCACAGAUCACGGGUCGGGUCACUGGCAUGGAACAAUCAUAUCCUUACUACUGGAGGAAUGGAUGGCCAAAUAAUUAAUAAUGAUGUGAGAAUUAGAUCACACAUUGUGGAGACCUAUAGAGGACACCAACAAGAGGUUUGUGGGCUUAAAUGGUCAGCUUCAGGCCAACAAUUAGCAAGUGGAGGCAAUGAUAACCUCGUUCACAUAUGGGAUAGAUCCUUGGCAUCAUCAAAUUCAGCUACACAAUGGCUUCACAGGCUUGAGGACCAUAUUUCUGCAGUGAAAGCUCUCGCUUGGUGUCCAUUCCAAGGAAAUUUGCUGGCCUCCGGGGGAGGUGGUGGUGAUAGGUGCAUAAAGUUUUGGAAUACGCACACUGGUGCUUGCUUGAACUCAGUAGACACUGGUUCUCAAGUCUGUUCUCUAUUAUGGAGCAAGAACGAGAGGGAACUGCUUAGCUCUCAUGGAUUUACUCAGAAUCAGCUCACUCUUUGGAAAUAUACAUCAAUGGUGAAAAUGGCAGAACUCAAUGGCCACACAUCUAGAGUCCUUUUCAUGACUCAGAGUCCAGAUGGUUGCUCAGUGGCAACGGCAGCAGGUGAUGAAACACUUAGAUUCUGGAAUGUUUUUGGGGUUCCAGAAGUGGCUAAACCUAACAAAAGCAAAUCCCGAGCCAUUUUCCCAUUUGACUCGCAUCCGCUGAAGAUGAUCAUGAGGAUAGAAGCUGGAUUCAUUUAAGUCUCAAGUCUCAGGUGAUGAAACACUUAGAUUCUGGAAUGUUUUUGGGGUUCCAGAAGUGGCUAAACCUACUACAAAAGCAAAUCCCGAGCUAUUUUCCCAUUUGACUCGCAUCCGCUGAAGAUGAUCAUGAGGAUAGAAAUGCUGGAUUCAUUGAAGUCUCAGGUCUCAGUACACCCUUGUUCUUGCAUGUCGCAUGCUGAAAUAGAAGUUUGGUGCCAGUUGCCAGUGUCCUUCAUUUCAACAAUUCAGUUUCAAGACAAGGCAGAGGUCUCAAAAAAGAACUGCAUUUACCAUCCAAAUCUCUCCGUGUAGAUGGAACUGUAUGUAAAGUAAUGUAAAGUAACAUCAAAGAACCCUGGUAUGUAAAGUAAUGUAAAGUAACAUCAAAGAACCCUGGCUUGCAUUAUUUAUUUUUUGGGGAAGAGUGGAUGUCGUCCUACCAUGUAUUAUUUAAUAGAAGCUUUCAGAUCCUUUCUCCGUGGACGUAGUCACUCUAUAAUGUGACGAACCACGUAAA